UUCAAAGCCAUUGCAAUGGACUUACUGUCGGCCGCGUUGGACGAGUCCGGGCUCGACCUCAACGACCUCACCGCUCAGGUGAUACCCGAAGAGGCGCCAAGACUUGCAGUCCUUCACAACAACAACAAUGUGGUUAAGACACCCAUUCAGGCCUUCUAUGGCAACCAUAUGAUGAACAAAAACGGCAACAAGAUCUCAGUCACCACUUACUCGCUGACGAACCCAAACGCCGCCAAAACGCAGACUUUUGACAUCAAUUUUCCCGUUCAGACGGCGACCGCCAGAUUUGCGCCGCCAAUGGUUCCGUCGGUUUCAUUCUUACCACAAAACAAUCAAAACCUAUCAUUACUUAAGAGGAAUGCACCACAAGUGCCACCACUUGGAGCCGAUUGGAGCGAAGAGGAGAAACUGGACGCCGAAGAGGAAGAGUUGGCAAUCGUUCACACAUUCAAUGAUUACAUGCCAUCGAAACGUAUGGAUUAG